AGUUGCCUAUGAUAUAGCACUUAUGAUCAAAUAAAUCAGUAUCGUUCGCUAUUUUCUGUGGUGGCAUGAAUAAAAAAUUAUCUUCACAAAUUCAGGACAUGGCAUGACUCAGUCACUAAUGCUCAUUUUAUGGGUGAAGUAUUCCUUCUUUAACUGCAACACAGUGCGACCCAGUAAUGAUAAAAAGCCUUUUUGUUCGAUAUGUUUGUUUUCAUGUUUAUCAUUUGUUAAUUUUAAUUUUGUAGAACACAUUAAGUGUCAUAAAAGUUUCCUGUCUUAUCUGCUGGGACUAUUUUGGUGCUCCAAAAACAGUUGGCAAAAGUUCAGGAGAAAAGGUUUUAGGAGAAACAAGAACAGAGAAUAAUAUCAGUCUGGAAAAGACUGGUUCAAGGCUCUAUGUUCCAAGGUGAGAGUCUGACGCUGCUUUAGAAAACAUGAAGCACUACCGAGGGUUUCGAAGGGUUGGUAAAUUUCUGGAAACUUUCCAAAAACAUUAGGUAUUUUUGGAAAUUCUGCUCAAUUUAAUUAUUAAAAUUGUACCUUGUAGUGGUGAACUUAUAUUGGGGGAAAAUACACAUAAAAAUGUCUUCCUGUCUGUCAUAGGAUUGAUUUUAAGAUUUUAUUGUUUGUUUUUAAAGUUUUAAACAAACUAGUGCGACCUUAUCUCUCAGACCUUCUGCAUCUUCAUACUCCAAUUUUAGCACUGACAUAUACCAAUCAGAUGCUGCUGGAUGUUUCCAGAACUAGACACAAAAGCAGUGGCUACCAAACUAGUCACUGUUGAAGACCAACGUCUUCUCAUUGAUGAACAAUUGAGCCUAACACCUUAACUGACUUCAUCUUCAGUGGUGUUGCAUUUUGUUCUCUAUUAUGUUUAUUGUUUUCCUGUAUUCUUAUUGUUUUUGGGCUUCUGUCUCAUCUGUUUUGGUAUUUGGUGCCUCUUCAGCACUUUGGUCAGCUGCAGUUGUUUUUUAAUGUGCUCAAAGAAUAAAGUUUGACUUGACUUGAAAAGUAUUCUCAUUUUAUUAAUUUGUAACCAUGCACUCCUCAUCACAUGUACUGAUCAUUUGCCAGCAGCAUCACAUUAAAUGGGAACAGGGGUGUGUUUUGUUGUUGCAAUCUAAUUAGUUCAAUACAAAGUGAAAUUAGCAAACUUAUUUAAUUCAAGUUCAGCACAACUAAACUGCUGAUUGUUAUGUCCUAUGAGAAUGGUUCACAAUUAUGUCUGCUUCAAGGGCAAAGGUUUCACCAUGGGGUGGGCACAUAUGAAACCAGGAGUUUGGGAUUUCCCUAGGAAAUUUUAAGUGUCACACUUUAUUUCCUGCAUCAGUUUCUGCCUUUUCUGCAUCAGUGUAUGGUAUGACUGUCUUUAAAUUUGUCAAAAAUAAUUGCCCGCCGCUACUUUUACUUUUUACGGGAGGGGACAAAUGCACAUGUUCUAAAUAUUGAGGGGGAUGUGUCCACUGCGUCCCCUCUGAAAUCUUUACCUAUGUCGGCUUGUCCAAUGCUUAAAGGUUUGCUUCUAACUGCGUAUAACGUGAAAGCAGCCUGAGCAGAUUACACCCAUAUUUCCAUUUUAUUCCACUUAUCUCCUGUUAAUUCCCAUGGAAAGUUGCCACCUUGAAUAUUCCCAGAAUUUUGCAAAGUUGGAACACCGUACACAUUUUUGUAUAAAUAAAUAAAUAACUGUUCAGGUUAAAUAAGGAGAAUGACUGCUCCAGAACAGCUGCUAACAGACCUUAUGGUGAGAUUGUUUUUGUCAACUUCUCUGUCCAAAGUCAAGAAUGAACUCUGAAUCUCACUUCUUUCUCUCAAUUUACCUCUUUGACCAAACAGAUUUGACAUCAAUUAUAAAACAUAUAAAUUAUAUUGUUGUUUUGACCAUGAGAUGAGCCGACUACUCUAGCUUUCUUCCUAACAGCGCUGCAUUAGCUAAAUGUUGCACAACUCUCCUUCAUAAUCUUAAAUCUUAAACUGUGUAGAUUUUGCGUUUUAACUACCCUUAAUUGCCAGGACAUGUUUAAUUUGGCUCCGUGAACGUCCUGCUACAUUAGAUCCAGCACACUGAGGACCAGGCGAGGCUGCAACCCAUCAAGCUCACAUAUUAAUCACAGCUGCUCUAAUGGGAUAACAGCUCCUAAACUAAUCAGUUCUUCUGUGAGGCUGUUGAAACAUUUCGGGGCUGACAGCUUAAGUGAGUUGCACGAGAGCGUACGAAGAACAGAGCCAGAUGAAGCCAAGCAGUUUGUUUAGUUAAGAGGGGGGGAAAAAUAAACAGAUUGUGCCAGGAAGACAGGAAGAUCUGGACAGCCUCUUCCCUCUGCUCCCUCCCUCCUCUGUUACAUAACUCCAUACUGACAGGAAGCUUACUAUGAUGAGCCUGAGAAUCGUUGUCGUCGUUCUGGCUGUGUUAACUGGGGUAACUGGGAGCCCCAUUGUGACGGUCAUGCCUGAAGCUGACUCGGUGGACGUUACGGCUCAUCCAAACAGCGUACCAGAGGUGGAGGAGGAAAAUGAGAUCACUGGACAGGAAGUAUUAGUGGAUGAAGAGAUUGAAGAGGUGAUGGAGACUGGAGAGCUGAACCCUAAUCACUACCCGGCUCGCAGGGCAGCCCAGGUGGUCCAGCACUACCUCAACACCCGCCACGGCUCUCCAUACAGGCUGUUCGGCAUGCAUGAAGUCCACAGGGGAAACGCAGAGGAUGUGGACUCUGGGAGAAAGUAUCAGCUGGAGAUUUCAGUGCGAGAGAGAAUCAGCAAUACUACAGAGAAAUGCUCUGCGGAGGUUUUGUUUCCAAAGGGAGAACCACAGCGCUCGCCAGAGGUCCAGGCCUCGUGUGGGGAUCUCCUUACAAAUAACAGUAAAGCUCAAGAAGAGGCCUUAUACCAAAAGUACAAGGGGAGCCAAACACCAGUGUCUGCAGAAUAUCUACCUGACAGCCAUGGUCACAUUGAGCCCGACAUGGAGCCCUUCUGGCACCUCUGCACCGUGGCCUCCAGCUUCGUCAUGCUGAAUGAAUCCACUGAAAACACUGUGUACAACAUGGCUCAGGUGGCCAACAUCACUCAGCUGGCGAGUGAGAACAACCAGCUGAAGUUUGACUGUCACACACUUCUGCAUGAGAUGGUGUCACAGGAAAUCAUUCACUGGAAGCUGCUGUUCACCUGGUCUCCUCCAGAGGGAGUCAAAGUGCUGCAGAUGGAGCAGCUGCCGCACUGCCACGAGUGUAAAAAACCUCCACACACAAACUGA